UGGAGCGGAGCUUUAUUCCCAGGCUUGGCACCGACGCUGUCAUUAGCGCCGCCUGCUCCCGCGGGCCCGCGGACCCAGCUGUCAGGCAAGCCCAGCGGAGCAAAAUGAGAGCGCAGUGAGCCGGCCCAGCCUCUCUCCCAGCCGUCCGCGACGCCCACCAUGAACCACUUGGAGGGCUCCACGGAGGUGGAGGUGACCGACGAGGCGGCAGGCGGGGAGGUGAACGAGUCGGUGGAGGCCGACCUGGAGCGCCCCGAGGUGGAGGAGGAGCAGCAGCAGGCGCUGCAGCAGCCGCAGCCACACUAUGCGGGCCGCCACCCGCGCGGGCGCGCCGUCGUCCAGGACCCCCGCGCCCAGCAGCAGGAGGAGGAGGAGCGCGGAGACUGCCUGGCGCGCUCCGCCAGCACCGAGAGCGGCUUCCACAACCACACGGACACGGCCGAGGGCGACGUGAUCGCCGCGGCCCGCGACGGCUACGACGCCGAGGACGAGAGCGCCUACGCCGUGCAGUACCGGCCGGAGGCCGAGGAGUACACGGAGCAGGCGGAGGCCGAGCACGCCGAGGCCACGCACCGCCGGGCGCUGCCCAACCACCUGCACUUCCACUCGCUGGAGCACGAGGAGGCCAUGAACGCCGCCUACUCGGGCUACGUCUACACGCACCGGCUCUUCCACCGCGGUGAGGACGAGCCCUACGCCGAGCCCUACGCCGACUACGGCGGCCUCCAGGAGCACGUGUACGAGGAGAUCGGGGACGCGCCCGAGCUGGACGCGCGCGACGGGCUGCGGCUCUACGAGCAGGAGCGCGACGAGGCGGCCGCCUACCGGCAGGAGGCCCUGGGCGCGCGGCUGCACCACUACGAUGAGCGCUCCGACGGCGAGUCCGACAGCCCCGAGAAGGAGGCCGAGUUCGCGCCCUACCCGCGCAUGGACAGCUACGAGCAGGAGGAGGACAUCGACCAGAUCGUGGCCGAGGUCAAGCAGAGCAUGAGCUCGCAGAGCCUCGACAAGGCUGCCGAGGACAUGCCUGAGGCCGAGCAGGACCUGGAGCGCGCCCCCACCCCGGGCGGGGGCCGCCCCGACAGCCCCGGGCUGCAGGCGCCGGCCGGGCAGCAGCGGGCGGCGGGGCCGGCGGGCGGCGAGGCCGGGCAGCGGUACAGCAAGGAGAAGAGGGACGCCAUCUCGCUGGCCAUCAAGGACAUCAAGGAGGCCAUCGAGGAGGUGAAAACCAGGACCAUCCGUUCGCCUUACACCCCCGACGAGCCCAAAGAGCCCAUCUGGGUCAUGCGCCAGGACAUUAGCCCCACCAGGGACUGUGACGACCAGAGGCCCGCGGACGGAGACUCUCCGUCUCCGGGCAGUUCCUCACCCCUGGGUGCCGAGUCGUCGAGCACACCCCUUCAUCCCAGUGACCCUGCCGAAGCCUCCACAAACAAAGAGUCAAGAAAAAGCUUGGCUUCCUUCCCAACCUACGUUGAAGUUCCCGGACCUUGCGACCCUGAAGACUUGAUCGAUGGAAUCAUCUUUGCAGCCAGUUACCUCGGCUCAACCCAGCUGCUGUCAGACAAGACUCCCUCCAAAAACGUGCGCAUGAUGCAGGCCCAGGAAGCAGUAAGCAGGAUCAAGAUGGCCCAGAAAUUAGCCAAAAGCAGGAAGAAGGCUCCUGAGGGCGAGUCUCAGCCCAUGACCGAGGUGGAUCUCUUCAUCUCUACCCAGAGAAUCAAAGUGCUGAACGCCGACACACAGGAGACCAUGAUGGACCACCCUCUGAGGACCAUUUCCUACAUCGCGGACAUCGGGAACAUCGUCGUGCUGAUGGCCCGCCGGCGGGUGCCCCGCUCCAACUCCCAGGAGCACGUGGAGGCCUCCCACCCGUCCCAGGAUGGCAAAAGACAGUACAAGAUGAUCUGCCACGUCUUUGAGUCUGAGGACGCCCAGCUGAUUGCACAGUCCAUCGGGCAGGCAUUCAGUGUGGCGUACCAGGAGUUCCUCAGGGCCAAUGGCAUCAACCCUGAAGACCUCAGCCAGAAGGAGUACAGCGACCUGCUCAACACCCAGGACAUGUACAACGACGACCUGAUCCACUUCUCCAAGUCAGAAAACUGCAAAGACGUUUUCAUCGAGAAGCAGAAAGGAGAAAUCCUGGGUGUGGUGAUUGUGGAGUCCGGCUGGGGCUCCAUCCUGCCAACCGUGAUCAUAGCCAACAUGAUGCACGGGGGCCCCGCCGAGAAGUCAGGGAAGCUGAACAUCGGGGACCAGAUCAUGUCUAUCAACGGCACCAGCCUGGUGGGCCUGCCGCUCUCCACCUGCCAGAGCAUCAUUAAGGGCUUAAAGAACCAGUCCCGAGUGAAGCUGAACAUCGUGCGAUGUCCGCCGGUGACCACCGUGUUAAUCCGCAGACCGGACCUCCGCUACCAACUGGGUUUCAGCGUGCAGAACGGAAUCAUCUGCAGCCUCAUGCGAGGGGGAAUAGCUGAGCGUGGGGGCGUCCGCGUGGGACAUCGGAUCAUUGAGAUCAACGGGCAGAGCGUCGUGGCCACCCCCCACGAGAAGAUCGUCCACGUCCUCUCCAGUGCUGUGGGCGAGAUCCACAUGAAGACGAUGCCGGCCGCCAUGUACAGGCUGCUGACGGCCCAGGAGCAGCCGGUCUACAUCUGAGCGCGCCCGCCUCCGCGGCGGCCUGCAUGGAAGACUGUCCUCACCGUGGUUGUGUUUCUUGUGCCGCAUCCGUGUGUCCGCUGAGACUUCCCCUCCCACGCCGGGCAUUCGGUCUGCCACAGCGAGAGGAGACCCCGCCAGGACCUCUGGGCACUCUCUCUCCCUCUCUCUCUCUCCAGUCUGCAUUUUCUUUUAAUCCCAGGGAACUUUCCUUUGUGCUCCCGUGAGGACAGAGAACAGCGAGCGUCCACCUGGGUCCACCCGAAGACAUCCGGGGUUCCUGAGGUGGCCGUCACUGCCCAAGAGGGACCCGUCCUCCCUGGGAACAGUGAGGAGAGGCUGAGCCAGCAGUGCCUAAGACCCCGUCACUGAUCUCAGCUUGGCUGCCAUCCGUUUAUGGGAUGCGGCCCUAAGGGGGUUCGGGGAGGGGGGCAGCACAUACCCCUGAUGUCACGCACUGGCUGCCACCUAGGGGCACACCCCAGUGUUAUUUCCACCCAGGAUUUCUGAGCCAAUCGCAAACCUCUCCUGUCGCUAUUAUGUCUUUUCUAAUCUGGCCCAUCCCGCCCAAAGAUGAGAGAAAUUGCAGCCUUGGACGAAGCCACCAGGGUGUGGAGGAGAGUGGGGCCAUUUGUGGGGUGUCCCAAGCUUUGCCAGGUUGCCAGGAGAUGGCCAGCCAUUGGAUAAUCAUGGGCAGGUAGGAUCUGCCUGGUCUCCUCUACACAGGUAGCCCUCCCUUGCUGAGCGCCCUCCCCUCCUCCCACUCAUCCCCCCCUGACCAGCAGGGUCUCUGGGAGGGGGGGCCUUUCUGUUGCUCAGAGUGUCCUCCUGCUGGCCUCCCCUUGUCACUCCCGACACACCCACCCAACCCAGGAAGUCUGAGAGGGAGAAGUGGGUCCCUUGGAAGAAGAGAUCCUGGCCCUUGCAGGAGCAAGCUGCUGCUCUGUUCCGGACCACCAGGCGAGAUGUGAGCGUUGAAAGACCAGAACAGCACAUGCGCCACAAAAUUAAGGGCACAGUGGUGACCUCGGGCUAUGCCUCAGAAUCCCCAAAUAUGUCCCAGAAGCAUUGCCUGGCUGCCGUGGAAUCCGUGUGUUGUUUCUGGCUUCCGCUCACAUCUGCGCAGGGCUUUUAGUCCUCCUCGUAUUUGGAGCCAGUUCUCGCUUUUUCCUGGUCCAAAGAGCAUUCUGUGGUCCUGUGGGCUGUGUGCUUCAGUUUUGUUUUUCAUUCCUGACCUCAGUGGAGACAGGGGAAGAGAAAGGAGUAUAUUUUGUAGUAUUACCAGAGUCCCUGUUCUCUGCGCCCAGGGUUUGUACAUUGUGUCUGUAGAAACAGGAAUUCAGUAAGCAUCCGUGGGCUAGGAAGCAUUUAUAAAGGGAACAGAGGCAUUUCAGGGAGGGAAGACGGGAGUUAGCAAGAUUCGGCAGGACAGGGCUCUGUGGCUUGUCCUGCGUCAGGCUGCCUUCAGCGAUUCUUGCAUAGGAUCAGGGAAGCCCAGUGCUACAGAGGAAUGAGUAGCUCCGUGCCAGCACUGCCCUGAUGUCCUGUGUGGGAAGGGGCUGCUGUGCCUCCAGGGAGCCCUCCCGGUUGGAGCCAGGGGAGCCAGGAGUGGGGUGACCCAGGACCCUGACGCUGCUGGGAGACAGCCCGAAGCAGAGCCAGGUCUCAGUUUGCCUCUGGGGGAAUCAGGAAACAGCAGGGUGUCUGGUAAUGUUAGCUACUAAAGAGCCAUCAGGUCAGCCACCCCCACAACCCCCACCUCCGGCCAGAGAGGGGCAGUGGGCAGAAAGGAAGGGAGGGGACGGGGCAGGGGUGCCGCAAGCAUCAGGAGCCCUGUGCGCCCCGGCAGCCACUUGGAUGGAGUCGCGAGGCCCGCCCACCAUUGGUCAGGGACAGGAGCUGGCCAGCACGACCCUCUACAACCCCCUAGUAACUGAAGUAUUUCACCUCACAGAGAGAAGAGAGAAAAUAACUUCUAUUCCUAUUACACAGAAGUCCUGGUGACUGAGAGGUGCAGAGAGCGAGCACGCACCAGCUCUGUAAGCUGUGCUGGAGGACUAGCAUUUGCGCAUAGGGUUUGUGUGGGUAAGGGGCUC